CGCAGAAGGCCGGGCGGGGCUUGCGGCGCGCACGGAGGGACUGCGGCAGUGUCGGAGCCGCGCAGAGCCUGGUAGCCCAGGUGCCCCGCCCGCGCCAGCCCAGCUCCAGCCCCGCGCCAGCCUAGCGUCCCCCGCCCCGGGCCGCCCGGACCGCGCCCCUGCCCAGGGCCUUGCGCACGCCGGGGCCCAGGCCGAGGGCCGCAGCGCCGGGGCCGGCGAUGAGCGCGAGGAGCCGGCAUGAGCGCAGACAGCAGCCCUCUCGUGGGCAGCACGCCCACCGGUUAUGGGACCCUGACGAUAGGGACAUCAAUAGAUCCCCUCAGCUCCUCAGUUUCAUCCGUGAGGCUCAGCGGCUACUGUGGCAGUCCAUGGAGGGUCAUCGGCUAUCACGUCGUGGUCUGGAUGAUGGCUGGGAUCCCUUUGCUGCUCUUCCGUUGGAAGCCCCUGUGGGGGGUGCGGCUGCGGCUCCGGCCCUGCAACCUGGCCCACGCAGAAACACUCGUUAUCGAAAUAAGAGACAAAGAGGAUAGUUCCUGGCAGCUCUUCACUGUCCAGGUGCAGACUGAGGCCAUCGGUGAGGGCAGCCUGGAGCCGCCCCCACAGGCCCAGGUGGAGGAUGGCCGGAGCCAGGCGGCAGUGGGGGCGGUCCCAGAGGGUGCCUGGAAGGAUACGGCCCAGCUCCACAAGAGCGAGGAGGCGGUGAGUGGACGGCGGGUGCUGCGGUAUUACCUCUUCCAGGGUCAACGCUAUAUCUGGAUCGAGACCCAGCAAGCCUUCUACCAGGUCAGCCUGCUGGACCACGGCCGCUCUUGUGACGACAUCCACCGCUCCCGCCAUGGCCUCAGCCUCCAGGACCAAACGGUGAGGAAGGCCAUUUAUGGCCCCAACGUGAUCAGCGUACCGGUCAAGUCCUACCCCCAGCUGCUGGUGGACGAGGCACUGAACCCCUACUAUGGGUUCCAGGCCUUCAGCAUCGCGCUGUGGCUGGCUGACCACUACUACUGGUAUGCCCUGUGCAUCUUCCUCAUUUCCUCCAUCUCCAUCUGCCUGUCGCUGUACAAGACCAGAAAGCAAAGCCAGACUCUAAGGGACAUGGUCAAGCUGUCCAUGCGGGUGUGCGUGUGCCGGCCAGGGGGAGAGGAAGAGUGGGUGGACUCCAGUGAGCUAGUGCCCGGAGACUGCCUGGUGCUGCCCCAGGAGGGUGGGCUGAUGCCUUGCGAUGCGGCCCUGGUGGCCGGCGAGUGCAUGGUGAAUGAGAGCACUCUGACAGGAGAGAGCGUUCCAGUGCUGAAGACGGCGCUGCCUGAGGGGCUGGGGCCCUACUGUGCAGAGACACACCGGCGGCACACGCUCUUCUGCGGGACACUCAUCUUGCAGGCCCGGGCCUAUGUGGGACCGCACGUCCUGGCAGUGGUGACUCGCACAGGGUUCUGCACGGCAAAAGGGGGCCUGGUGAGCUCCAUCUUGCACCCCCGGCCCAUCAACUUCAAGUUCUAUAAACACAGCAUGAAGUUUGUGGCUGCCCUCUCUGUCCUGGCUCUCCUCGGCACCAUCUACAGCAUCUUCAUCCUCUACCGAAACCGGCUGCCUCUGAACGAGAUUGUGAUCCGGGCUCUGGACCUGGUGACCGUGGUGGUGCCGCCCGCCCUGCCUGCUGCCAUGACCGUGUGCACGCUCUAUGCCCAGAGCCGGCUGCGAAGACAGGGCAUCUUCUGCAUCCACCCACUGCGCAUCAACCUGGGGGGCAAGCUGCAGCUGGUGUGUUUCGACAAGACGGGCACCCUCACUGAGGACGGCUUAGACGUGAUGGGGGUGGUGCCCCUGAAGGGGCAGGCAUUCCUGCCACUGGUCCCAGAGCCCCGCCGCCUGCCCGUGGGGCCCCUGCUCCGAGCACUGGCCACCUGCCAUGCCCUCAGCCGACUCCAGGACACCCCCGUGGGCGACCCCAUGGACUUGAAGAUGGUGGAGUCUACUGGCUGGGUCCUGGAGGAGGAGCCGGCCGCGGACUCGGCAUUUGGGACCCAGGUCUUGGCAGUGAUGAGACCCCCACUUUGGGAGCCCCAGCUGCAGGGAAUGGAGGAGCCCCCGGUGCCAGUCAGCGUCCUCUGCCGCUUCCCCUUCUCCUCGGCUCUGCAGCGCAUGAGUGUGGUGGUGGCGUGGCCAGGGGCCUCUCAGCCCGAGGCCUACGUCAAAGGCUCCCCGGAGCUGGUGGCAGGGCUCUGCAACCCUGAGACAGUGCCCACCGACUUCGCCCAGAUGCUGCAGAGCUACACAGCUGCUGGCUACCGCGUCGUGGCCCUAGCCAGCAAGUCACUGCCUACUGUGUCCAGCCUAGAGGCAGCCCAGCAACUGACAAGGGACACUGUGGAACGAGAGCUGAGCCUCCUGGGGCUGCUGGUCAUGAGGAACCUACUGAAGCCGCAGACAACGCCAGUUAUCCAGGCUCUGCGGAGGACCCACAUCCGUGCCGUCAUGGUGACAGGGGACAACCUGCAGACAGCGGUUACUGUGGCCCGGGGCUGUGGCAUGGUGGCCCCCCAGGAGCAUCUGAUCAUUGUCCACGCCACCCACCCUGAGCGGGGUCAGCCUGCCUCUCUCGAGUUCCUGCCGAUGGAGUCCCCAACAGCCGUGAAUGGCGUUAAGGAUCCUGACCAGGCUGCAAGCUACACCGUGGAGCCAGACCCCCGAUCCAGGCACCUGGCCCUCAGCGGGCCCACCUUUGGUAUCAUUAUGAAGCACUUCCCCAAGCUGCUGCCCAAGGUCCUGGUCCAGGGCACUGUCUUCGCCCGCAUGGCCCCUGAGCAGAAGACAGAGCUGGUGUGCGAGCUACAGAAGCUUCAGCCACACCGGGCCACACCUCUCUUCAGGUACUGCGUGGGCAUGUGCGGAGACGGCGCCAAUGACUGUGGGGCCCUGAAGGCGGCCGAUGUCGGCAUCUCGCUGUCCCAGGCAGAAGCCUCAGUGGUCUCGCCCUUCACCUCGAGCAUGGCCAGUAUUGAGUGCGUGCCCAUGGUCAUCAGGGAGGGGCGCUGCUCCCUUGACACUUCGUUCAGCGUCUUCAAGUACAUGGCCCUGUACAGCCUGACCCAGUUCAUCUCCGUCCUGAUCCUCUACACGAUCAACACCAACCUGGGUGACCUGCAGUUCCUGGCCAUUGACCUGGUCAUCACUACCACAGUGGCAGUGCUCAUGAGCCGCACGGGGCCAGCGCUGGCCCUGGGGCGGGUGCGGCCGCCGGGGGCGCUGCUCAGCGUGCCCGUGCUCAGCAGCCUACUGCUGCAGGUGGCCCUGGUGACCAGCGUGCAGCUAGGGGGCUACUUCCUGACCCUGGCCCAGCCAUGGUUCGUGCCUCUGAACAGGACAGUGCCCGCACCCGACAACCUGCCCAACUAUGAGAACACUGUGGUCUUCUCUCUGUCCAGCUUCCAGUACCUCAUCCUGGCUGCAGCCGUGUCCAAGGGGGCGCCUUUCCGCCGGCCCCUCUACACCAAUGUGCCCUUCCUGGUGGCCCUGGCGCUCCUGAGCUCCAUCCUGGUGGGCCUUGUCCUGGUCCCCGGCCUCCUGCAGGGGCCGCUGGCGCUGAGAAACAUCACCGACACCUGCUUCAAGCUGCUGCUGCUGGGUCUGGUCACCGUCAACUUCGUGGGGGCCUUCAUGCUGGAGAGCGUGCUAGACCAGUGCCUCCCCGCCUGCCUGCGCCGCCUCCGGCCCAAGCGGACCUCCAAGAAGCGUUUCAAGCAGCUGGAACGAGAGCUGGCCGAGCAGCCCUGGCCGCUGCUGCCCGCCGGCCCCCUGAGGUAGUGCAGGCCUACGGGCACCCCAGACACUGGAACUCCCUGCCUCUGAGCCACCAACUGGACCCCUCUCCAGUGACACCACCGCCACCACCUCCCACAUCCCCAAGGUUGGCGAUUGUCUACACUGCUCCCCUGAGACCACCCCACCAUGGGGAAGCGUUGACUGCUGUCCCCCACCUUGGACCAUCCCGAGUAGGAAUGGCAGCCCCCCACUCCCCUCAGAGCUGCUGUCAGUGUGGCAAAUAAAGUGACGAUAUUUUCCUGGC